CCGCGUGCAGUUAGAGCCAAACUGCCAGAGUUAAUACGACUUAAAAGUACAACUUUUUGACGUGUUUAAUUUGCUGGAUUUUUACCUUCGACUUUAUUGAAAAGGAUUCGUGAGUGUUUCUUCAGUUGACGUUGAGCAAGACUGUCGAGAAGAGACAAAAAGAUGAAGUACAUUAUAGGAAUUGGCGGCGUCACCAAUGGUGGCAAAACCACCCUGACAAAUAAGUUGAUCAAGACGUUGCCCAACUGCUGUGUUGUGCACCAGGAUGACUUCUUCAAGAAACCUGAUCAGAUACAAGUCGGGGAGGACGGCUUUAGACAAUGGGAUGUGAUCACAGCUUUGGACAUGGAGGCCAUGACCAACACAGUAAAAGGAUGGAUUGAGAACCCAGUGAAGUUCGCCCGUUCCCACGGCGUGACAUUGUCUCCAGUAUCCGAAGUGGCCGACCCGGAUGAGCAGACCCACAUUCUGAUCGUGGAGGGCUUCCUGCUCUACAACUACCCGCCCCUGCUGGAUGUUUUCGACAAGUGCUAUUACAUCUCAAUUCCCUAUGAGGAGUGCAAAAGAAGGAGAAGUACAAGACAGUACACUGUCCCCGACCCUCCCGGCCUGUUUGAUGGCCACGUGUGGCCCAUGUACCUGAAGCACAGGAGAGAGAUGGAGAACAGCGGCUUGUAUAUAGAGUCCCUGGAUGGUUUGAGGUCCAAAGAGGAGAUCUACAACCAGGUGUAUGAAGACAUUCAGAACAACCUGCUUAAUCGUUUAUAGCAGGAAGAGACUCCUCCAUCACUGUACAGAAGUUGUAAAUAGACCUGAGGAUUCUUUUUUUAUGAAGUUUUUGUAAUUUUAUUCUUUGUUUGUAAAUGAAAGGAAGCAAUGUUAAUUUAUCAUUGUUUUUUUAUCAUCUUCAGAUGAUCCAUGUUUUUGUUUUUCCGAUGACAAAUAUUGUUGAAGCAGAGCAUUACUAUGUUACUGUUACAUAAAACAUCUGACUUGUACUGGACCAUUUCUCGCAUUUUUAUGAAUAAAUGCGUUAGUUGCUGUUGAUAUACAGUACAUCAACUCAAAAA